AUGUGGAUGUUGGCGCCGAGGAAGGUAGUACACUGGGUGUUGCGAAGGGGAAUGGUGCCGGUGCAGAGAAGCUUAAGGGAUUGGUGGAUGGAGAAGCAGAGCAGCGGCUUUACAGGCGUGGGACCAAAGGAAAAUGAAGGGACUGCGGUUGCUGCAGGUGUCGUUGAUACGGCUGGCUUGGCAAAAAGGUUGGGUGUAGAGGGUGCGGAUGAUAUGCGGAAUUACACUUUAGCCGAAGCUUAUCACUCCCGCGUACAAGUUCAGCUGAGGCCUGGCCCAUAUAGUGACAUAAACCCCAGGCAGAUAUCUCCUCCAGAGCACUCUGAAUCCAGAGAAGCAACUGCUGGCGAGAGCUCGAGCCAGCCCCGUAGCGGAUUUCGUCAGGCCCUGCGGAAAUUUAAGAAGAAUUUCACUAAAAAAGUUUAUAAACGCUUCAAGCGUUCCCGCCACCAAACCCCUACUGUCCAGAACGCCGACCAUGAAGAUGCUUCGUCGAAUCAGAAUAUUGAGGAUGCGUCGCGUCUGCAUCCUUCCGAUGCUGACAAGCUCGCCACACCUGAGAAUCUCAGUGGUUGUGUGAACCAAGAAGCAUCCGGAGAACCUACUUCGAAGGUUCACGCUGCUUCGUCUGGCGUGGAAAUUCCAGAUCCCCAAUCGGUUGAUGCCGGACUUCGAGAUGCGCGUGAGGGUAUGGAAAAAUUUUUGAUACUGUCAUCGGGGAUCUUGCGAAUGUAUGGGCUACUCUCCUAUGUUUGA